GGCUCUUAUCCGACGAAAUGUAAACAUAAUUUUGAGACUACAACCAGACGUUGCUACGUAGACGUAGAAAUGAAUUUGAAAUGUACAUUCUCUGUUUUAUUACAUAUAAUUAUACAUGUGUAUUCUUAUUCGAUAAAGGUUAAAAUAAAGCAGGGCAUGCUUAUUGGAAUACGAGAAAUGACGGUGUUCGAUGAACGAUAUUACUACGCUUUUUACGGCGUGCCAUACGCGAGGCCGCCGAUCGGUAAAUUGCGUUUCAAGGACCCAAAACCGAUGAGAGCGUGGAAGAAGACGUUCGAUGCUACCAACGAGUACCACGGAGCGUGCGCCCAAGCCCACAUCGUACACAAACAUGGCGAGUACGGCUUCGAGAACUGUUUACACUUAAAUAUUUAUACACCGAAUCUGCCGGAGACGAAAUCACGGAAAUGUGCUGUGAUCGUAUGGAUUCAUGGUUACUCGUUCUCGUCCAGCUUCAGUCACAUUCAUGGGGCUGAUUUUUUAAUUGAUAAUGAUCUAGUUGUUGUGACCUUAUCGCACAGAAUAGGAGCCUUCGGUUUUCUGAAACUUAAUGACACAGAUGGCGACGCUAAUAUGGGACUCAAAGAUAUUGUCAUCGGUUUAAAAUGGAUAAGAAGAAAUAUAGGAAAAUUUGGCGGUGACUACAACAAUAUAACAUUGGCUGGUAGUGGAUCUGCAAGUACAUUUAUUUCUUUACUAUUAGCGUCAAAAUAUAGAAAACUAUUCUCUAAAUUGAUACUCCAGAGCGGUUCAAUAUUUUCGCCAUCAAUACUUCAAGGCGACUAUAGAACUGAAAGGUCUAAGUUACAAAAGCAAAUAAAAAUAGCUGGAUUCAAAGAUAUAAACUCUGCUCCUACAGAUGCUAUAGUGAAAGCAUCCCAAAAAAUUUAUAACAGCAAGGAUUUAAUGAAUUUUCAAAGGCCAGUUGUACCUUUUUCACCGAUAGUCGAAAAAAAAUCUAACACAUCUUUAUUAAUGAGCGACGUGAAUGAUAUCGUUAACAAUAUAGAUAAAAAUAUCCCGAUACUACUCGGAUUCACGAGCCAAGAGAGUAUAUCUGAAGCCAUACCCUUCAUUCACAAUCCACAAUAUCUUAACAUAUUUAAAUCUUUCUUUAAGUUCAUGAUACCGUUCUCCAAUCAAUGUCAAUACAACUAUACAACAAAGACGUACAAAAUAAUUGGGAACAAAAUAAAAAAUUGGUAUUUUAAAAAUGGAAUAACAGAAAAUUCGAUAAAUGAAUUUUUAAAAUAUCUAUCAGAUUUAUAUAAAUAUCCCAUAUAUAAAUUUAUAAAAUCACUGCUGAUAAACGACGAGAGAGAUUUAUAUGUUUAUAAAUUUAAUUAUUUGGGUAAAUUUAAUGUCGCCAAAGCCACUUCAGCCGCCGGCAGCAAUACCAAAAUUAAAGGCGCUUCACAUGGAGAUGAAAUUUGUUAUAUAUUUAAAUGCGAUCCUAGCUGGGAAUCGUAUGUGAAAUUGAAAAAAAAUAACGACGAUAGGGACAAAAUAUUCAUUAAGCAAAUAUCGAAACUAUGGGCAAAUUUUGCAAAAACUGGUAAUCCAACACCAAGCAACUCUUUUGGGAAUCUAACCUGGCUGCCGAUGACAAAAAAUGAUGAUAAUGUACUGUUAUUAGAUAAGCACAGCAAAUUAAUAAAUUCCAAACCAGAACAGAAGAUGUUUAAGUUUUGGACUGAAAUCUAUGACAAAUACUAUGAACGCGAGAACUGCGAGAAGAGAAAAUCAAUAGCGGAAUCUAUAAAAGAGCUUGGAGAUGAAUUGUAGAAUAAGUAACCUUGGUUUGAAGUUUUUAUUUCAUUACUUAACCCUUGUAAAAUAAAAAAGUUUUAUAAAA